AUGCCAUCCGUACCUACCCGUCCUCGCAGUCGGAGUCGAGUUCAGGCAACACUCAUGUGAGAACGUGCAUAUCCUCGCGUCGUCCCCAUUUCAAGUCACCUUAUAACCCCAAAACCAUUGCAUUCCUCACGCGUUCCAAGAAUCGAUGACCAUUCACUCCUCUCACAGACCGGCCAGAAUGCAAUCAACUCAAGUUCCCUCGAAAAGAAGGAGUGCGCCACCCGACUCGCCAACCGAGGCUUUCCUACGGGCAAAAAAGACCGAAAUACGGAGAACGGAGAAGAGAGAUGUGGAGCGGCAAAAACAAAACAUGCAGACCUAUCAGACUCGUUUGAAACGUUAAAAAAUCUGGUUUACCCAUCUGCUACGAAGUUAUUCAACGACAACCCAUUCAUUUCAGACGAUUACGUCGAGAUCCUCACUUUGAGGGCGCGUCUUGAGGAGCAGAGUACUGCUCAUCGGGAAAGGGUUGAGGAGUUUGAGAAUGAGGUUGCGGGACAGAAGCUUCUAAUCAGAGAACUUAGUGUGAAUAUCCUUGAAAAUGGGUAUUCGUCGGGUAAGUUUUCAGCUCUUUAAUUGUCUCUUCCCAAGCUGACCAGAAAAUAGGAUUACCACCUCUUGCUAAAGACCAUUUGAAGACCUUUCCAAACGCGGCUGCCAAGCUCCACGCCUUCUUGCACACUUCAAUCGAGAAAUUGCAGUCAUCUAGUGAGGCUAACUACGACCACCUCAUCAAAACACUCCGCCAUCUCCUGAGCGAAACAGAAGAACUCUCUACGAUGCAUCCACUAGGAUUACAACUCGCUUACUCGAUAGCGAUUUCCUUGGGUAGCACACUUUACCUCCACCUCUCAGAGACUGACGAGUUCGAAGUUAUGGACGCUAGUCUACUUCGGUUGUCGGCGAAGUUACAUGGAGACUCGAUAGUGCAGCAGAGGGAAUUUGGGAUCGAGUCUCGAGCUUUACCAAGGGAGCGUGUUGAUGCUCUGCUUCAGCAGAGAGAGGGUGCUUAUCAUGAAGCCAGAAGCAAUGGCAUUGUUGGGGGAAGAGUGGUAUGUUAAUUGUAUUUUAUGUGCUGAGUUGACUCGCUGAUUGGGAUUUGUAGGUCACGAGUGCUGGUGUUGCUAAAGUUGCGGCUAAGACAAGGAUUAUGUCGAAUACUACUCAGGUAGAGGAAAUCCUUUCUCUUCCGGAGAACAGAGAGGGAAAAGUUGAUGAGGGAGAGAUUGACGUGCCACUCCCAUUCAGCGACGAUAGCGGAUUUGUGGAGACGCCUGCUGUGGAUGGAUUAUGA